AUGACCAAUGUAGCCGUUAUCCGGUGGAUUCUGGAUGCGUCCAACAACAUGAUCGAUCACGACUUGGACACCAACGCUCCAAUCAAGACGGCGGUAUGGGCAGUUGGAGACGUUCUCACGCGGAGAUGGGUCUCACAGGAACCAAUAUUUUACAUGGUGCCGGACAUUUUUCAGCGUGCUAUCGACAUUGAUCGAGCUGACGAUAAUGAAGAUUCUCGUAUGCUGCGUGUUCAAGUCGCACCCGAGCAAAAGACAGCAUCCUUUGUCAAGGUCCCAUCUGCGAAAUGCGUGGUAAACAGCGCGUCGCCGGUCCUCGGAAUCUUUUCUUUGAGCUUGACCUGUACCGAACAAACCAUAUGGCCUUUUACCGCACGCGUGGGCUUUGAGCAGGAGCUGUGA